GGGAUACCACUGAAAAGCGUUCGCUACGAGGUGGUCACCCUGCUCCACUGACGUCAGCCUCAUGGAGUACCGCUCGGUGCUGGCCGUGGACCUGUCCUUGGGCCUUCAGCGGCGCCUCUGCACGGCGAUGGCCAUCCUCGGUAAACCGAAGGUGAUCAUCAUGGACGAGCCGACGGCCAACAUGGACCCCGACAGUCGGCGAGAAAUGUGGGAGCUGCUGCUCAAGAUACGCCGCAGUUGCACAAUCUUCCUCACCACGCAGCACCUGGACGAGGCUGACAUCCUCGGCGACCGAAUCGUCAUCAUGGCCAACGGCCGCAUCAGGUGCAGCGGUUCUCCGACUUUCUUGAAGCAGCGGUUCAGCACCGGCUAUCACAUGCGGAUCAACAAGCUGCCGAAGUGCAACAUUCCGGGCAUCGAGAAACUGCUGGCAAAGUACGCGCCCAAAGCCAAGCUGCGAAGCAACUCUGACAACGAGGCGGUGUUCAUUGUUGGUCACAUCGCGGCCUCGCGGAAGAUUGUCACGAUGUUCAAGGACAUAGAACAGCAAAGUGAGGAGCUGGGCAUCGAAUCCGUGGGCUUGGCAAUGACGUCACUCGAGGAUGUGCUCAUUCGUGUGGGUGAAGAGCACCACCUUCACCAUCACCACCGGCAACCGGACAUCUUCAGCGACGAGGGCUCAGUAAUCGACGCAAGAAUGAGCUUGGUGAAGACGAUGGCAAGCACGGCAACCAGAGAGCCGUCGUUCACGGCUCGCGUGGUGGCCAUGAUGACCAAGCGCGCCACGCACGUGUGGCGCCAGAAGGCGGCGCCACUGUUCAGCUGGAUAAUGCCACCGCUGCUGCUGAUGCUGCUAGUUUUUCUCGAGUACCUCGGCAUGAAGAACAGCGGCGGCGCGUUGGAACACGUGGGGAACACGCUCCCCUACACUUUUCUUCGAGUGGUCACCCAACCACAGGGUUUUGUUCAGGCGGACACAGAAGACAAUUUCCGCCAACGCUGGCUGGAGCCAAUGUUCGGACCCAGCUUCCAUGUGACCCCGAUCGACGCAAGCGUCGACGUCACCCGUAUGCUACUUGAUGCUUCCAGGGAGUCCCUGUACACGUACGUCUUCGACACCCACUUCGGCGUGCAGAUGACCAAGAAAGCCGGAAACGUGCUUUGGUACAACGGCCAGAUCCAGCACAUGGCGCCCCUCGUGCUGAGGCUGUACAACACGGCUCGGCUUCGUAACGUGACCAACGUGGAGACGGCCGAGUUCGACUUUGACGUCACGUCGAGGGGCAUCGAGGUAGAGCACGGGGCGGCAACCCAAGCGAGCCUCGAGGAGGACGUCCGCAGCCAUAACGCCUACCGCAGCAUGCUGCCAAAGUUCCUGCGCUCCAUCUUCUUUCCCCUCGUCUCCAGCCUCAUGUGCAGCAACUUCGUAUUUUUCCCCAUCACGGAGAGGGAGCUGCAGGUUAAGCACCUGCACAUGAUCACGGGCAUGACUCCUCUGCUGUACUGGAUGACGAACUUUGUCUUCGACUUCAUGUUCUACAUGGGAACUGCAAUGAUGGUGCUGCCACCGCUGUUCUUCAUCUCACAUACAUCGCUCAGGAUUAGCGACAUCCUAUCACCGUUUCUGUCGUUGUUUCACAACCGCGAACUCGCCCUUUGGCCCAAUCUUUGUUUUGCAGAACUCGUUUUCAUGCUCAACCUUCUCCACGGCUACGCGGCGCUUCCGAUGGUCUACACAUGCUCAUUCCUGUUCGACAAUCCCAACGUCGGAUUCUCCACGCUCGCUAUUUCAACUUUUAUUAUCUCGUCGGCGGGCUGCCUAGGCGCGGUGUUCGUGGAGAUUUACGCCGAAGACGGGAAGAGCUCCGGCCUCGUUGCGGUCAUCCGGGCGGCGCUGUACGUGCUGCGGCUGCUGCCCUCCUACUCGUACUCCAGAGGCAUGACCAAGAUCCUGGAACUGGCCAGUGAGAACGCGCUGUGCCGCACCGGCGGUGCCGAGCUCGAGAGCUACUGCUACGCCGCCGACGUCCAUCGCCAGAGGUCGCUUCUGCAGUGCUGCCAGCACCGGCACGAGCCGGACCCUUCCGAGUACGCCAUCCAGCCGCUGGACGCGAACGCCUACUCGGCCUUCUACGAGGUGCUCACGCUGUCCAUCGAAGGCGUGGUGGUGUUCGUGCUGCUGCUUUGCAUCGAAUCCUGGCGGCUCUCGGUAGACCGCUGGAUGAGCAUGCCCGAACACCCACAUGGCUUGGUAGUCCCGAAGCCGGCCACACCACACGUAGCACAGGGCCUCGCCCCAGCAAAGCACCUCUCGAAGCUAGAGGACACGGACGUUCGGCAAGAGAACAAACUUGUCGACGAACUCGCCGCUGGUCACUUGGCGUCUUCCACUACUAAGCCGUUCAUGUACGCUCACCGACUCUACAAAGCCUACGGCUACGUCGACAACCACGCAGUACUGCAGGUUUGUUCAGCUGCUGGAGUAAGUGUUAUCUGCGCGCGCAGGGGCCUGAGUUUCAGUGUCCACUCCGCCGAGUGCUUUGGCCUUUUGGGCGUCAACGGUGCAGGCAAGACGACCACGUUCCGCGUACUGACGGGCGAGGUACUGCCGCACCAAGGGGACGCUGUCGCCUCGAACUUCUCGCUUGUACGCGAUAGACGGCAGUUCCAGCACUUCAUCGGCUACUGCCCGCAGCGGGACGGUCUGCUCGAUAUGUUCACGGGCAUAGAGACGCUCAUGCUUUUUGGUCGUCUCAGUGGCGUUUCCAUGACUGCCGAGUACGUGAACGCGCUUCUGGACAUCUUCCACCUCGACGAAAUUGGAGGGCAGCUCGUCUCUACCUACAGCGCCGGCAACAAACGCAAGCUAUCGCUGUGCCUAUCGAUGCUGGGCAUGCCCCGCCUGGUGCUGCUCGACGAGCCCUACGCCGCCAUCGCCACAACGUCUCGAAAGCGAAUCAUAAACUUCAUCUGCGCACUGCAGAAGGUCAGCAAGCUCUCCAUCGUGCUCAGUUCGCACAGUCUGGUCGACGUGGAGUUCCUAUGCAACCGCAUCGCCAUCUUGGGCGGCGGCCACCUCCAGUGCCUCGGCUCUCUGGCGCACCUCAAGGAGAAGUUCGGCAAGGGUUACACCAUCAGCGUCAAGACGUACCCAGACCGCAAGCAGGACAUCUUCUACCAGCGACAAGUGGCCGAAGACGUGCGCAAGAACUUCAAGGAGGCCGAGCUGGUGCACAGCUAUGAGGGCCUGCUGGAAUUUCGGAUGUCUCAGGUUCGCAUGCUGUGGAGCGAGAUGUUCGAGCGCAUGGCACGCAUCAAGAAGAGGUUCAAGCUGCAGGACUUCUUCAUCACGGACACGUCGCUGGAGCAGAUCUUCCUGAGCGUCACGCGGAAGGAGGCCAGCGAUGCCGCGGCCGCGGCGAUAGCGCCGGGCGCCCGUCCGGUCAUAGCGCCCGCCGCACUGGGGAUAAUAUAAAGGCGCUGCCUUCAUGGG